AUGCACGGUACUGUUUGAGCGUACACUCGAUUGGAAUGGAUGACGAAAUUGUAUUGGCUACACAAAAUCUGUUGCGUCAAUGCAUCAGAGAGCAAUGCGAUGAGGUGGAAAUGUUACAGUCGAUAUUUUGCAAUCCAGGUGAAAUGAAAAUCGACGAUCACAGCAUUUUAACCGAUAUGUUUGACUAUUUGGAGGAGAAAAGUGAUAGGCUAACGAAAAAAUUAGACUAUACAAUAACGAUACCAAUUUCUAGUCAGGGCAGCCAUACGUUAGAGCUGCAAAUUGAAUUUCCUCAUACGUAUCCAAGUCUAGAGCAGCCGAAUAUAACAGUGAGAACAACAUUGAAUGUGCCGAACAAGAUGCAAAUCGAAAAUGAAAUCAAGAGGCAAGUGUACGAGUACAUUGAUGGUGAUGAAGUGGAUCGAUCGACGGUAUAUGUUUAUCCAAUUGUGGUGUGGCUUCAGGAUAACAUUGAUAAAAUAAUUUCCAAUACAACAAAAUCGUCGGCUGUACAAAAACAAUCACCGGAUCAACUGAACGUCGAUGCACCGGUGGAAAUGGAACGGCUAUGGAUCUACUCACAUCAUUUGAAAAGUACACAAAAACGACAAGAUAUUAUGAAGCUAGCGAAAGAAUUGGAUUUAAGUGGAUUUUCGAAGCCCGGCAAACCGGGAAUCGUUUGCAUUGAAGGUGUCAAAGCGUGUACACAAGAAUUUUGGAAAAUCAUUCGACAAUGGGCUUGGCAACGAAUCACUGUACGUUUGAGCGAAAUAAAAUCCAAACCACAAUCGAAAUGUCAACAAUUCCGUCGAUUCAAUCAAUUCCGUGAGAUAUUGUACGGUGAUGAUUGUGACAAUGACUCCGUUGCACCGAUUACCAUGAGUGAAUUUAUGAAAUUUCUUGAAAAUCACAAUUGUGGUUAUGUAAAAAAGGAGUUGCUUCUGUUGGAAUAGCAACCAGUGUUACCGGAUUUUAUCGCCAUUUCAAAGCAAUUUAAAUGAAACGAUGAUAUUUUUUUAUCCUGUUGUAAAAUGGUGUAAAACCAAUGAAAAAUAAAACAUUUUUUAUG